CUCGCGGAGGCGGAGCGGAGUGUGGCCGACUGCGGUGAGAGCACGGGCGGCCGGCAUGCCUCGGUAUGCGCAGCUAGUCAUGGGCCCCGCGGGGAGCGGGAAGAGCACCUACUGUGCCACCAUGGUGCAGCACUGUGAGGCGCUCAAUCGCUCUGUCCAGGUGGUCAACCUGGACCCCGCCGCAGAGCACUUCAGCUACCCUGUGAUGGCCGACAUCCGGGAACUGAUCGAGGUGGACGAUGUGAUGGAGGACGAUUCUUUGCGCUUUGGUCCCAACGGAGGGUUGGUAUUCUGCAUGGAGUACUUUGCCAACAACUUUGACUGGCUGGAGAGCUGCCUGGGCCACGUUGAGGACGAUUACAUCCUGUUUGACUGCCCAGGUCAGAUUGAGCUGUACACCCAUCUGCCCGUGAUGAAGCAGCUGGUCCAGCAACUUGAACAGUGGGAGUUCCGAGUGUGCGGAGUGUUCCUUGUCGAUUCUCAGUUCAUGGUGGAGUCGUUCAAGUUUAUUUCUGGCAUCCUGGCAGCCUUAAGUGCCAUGAUUUCUCUAGAAAUCCCACAGGUUAACAUCAUGACGAAGAUGGAUCUGCUGAGUAAGAAAGCCAAGAAGGAAAUUGAGAAGUUUCUAGAUCCAGACAUGUACUCUCUGCUCGAAGACUCGACAGGUGACUUAAGAAGCCAAAAAUUCAAGAAGUUGACGAAGGCUGUGUGUGGGCUGAUCGAUGACUACAGCAUGGUUCGCUUUCUGCCAUACGACCAGUCGGACGAGGAGAGCAUGAACAUCGUGCUGCAGCACAUCGACUUCGCCAUCCAGUACGGGGAGGACUUGGAGUUUAAGGAACCGAAGGAGCAUGAAGAAGAGUCUUCCACCAUGUUUGAUGAAUAUUUUCAAGAACGGCAGAAUGAGUGAAGGUGACUACAAAGCUUCCAUCCCACCUGUGGCUGAGUCGGCAGAGCUCUCGUCUCCUGGAGGAUGUGACAAAGGGAAGCUGUUUGUUUCCAUGUAAAGAGCACUGGGCCCUCAGAGGAAGUGGGGGAGUGAGCGAGUUAGGUAGGGAGCGAGUGAAUGCGUGUGAUCAAGAGCGAGCCAGCACGGAUUAUGCUCUGAGCUCUGAAACUGCUGCUCUCUCAAGAGGACAUUUUAUUCUGACAGCAUCAUUUUGGAUUUAAAAAGAAAUCAAACUAGAACUUAAUGCACAAAGACUUGUAUAUAAAUCAACUUACCCCCCACACACACAUCACCUGUGAGGGUGCGUGUGCGUGUGCAGUUCGAGCCAGUUUAACUUCAUUCUUAUGAUUGGAUUUUUGGUUUUUGAGGGGUUUUCUUUUGACUUGUAUUUAGAGAAGUACGAAUUAUUGUAACAAAAUAUGUAUCUACAUCCAAAUGAAAAAGAAUUGGAAGGAUAGAUGUAAAUUUUAUUUUCCCAAAUAAAACAUAUUAU